UUGUAAAAAUUGGCGUUCCUAUCAUUUUCUUGGCACUUGAAGGGUGUGAAACCAAAAUCCAAUUGUUUUCCCACACCUCCCAUCCUUGCUUUUGAAAUCCGUCUCUGCACACCGAAUACUACUUCUCUGCGCUGUCAACUCAGCGGUUGCUGAUUCGAACAAAUAUACUGAUUCGAAAUGUACGAAAGAUGAAAAUGGGCAAGAAUUCUGUGAAAAGCCUGUCGAAGAAGAAGAUGAUGAGCCAUGUGUCUACGAGGAUCCAAAAGAAAGUUUGUUUCAAUGGGAUCCGGUCGAGGUUGGUUAUGUCAGAGAACUUGAGCUUGAAGAAGGAAAAAACUACAAGAUGAUUACAAAAGCAUUGAGGCCAAGACUUUUUGAAAUUCCAGACUUUUUAACAGAGGAUGAAUGUGAGCACAUAAUUGCGAUGGCAGAGUCCAGUGGUAUGCAAGCGAGUGGUUUGCAUAUGGAUGAAAUCUCAAGAAAGAGUCAAAACCAAGUACAUGGACGCUCAAAAGCUGAGAGCAAUGUUUUCUACAAAUGGGACAAGAAUAAGGACGGAGUUAUAACGGCUGAAGAUGUGAAAAAGUUUGCAGUUGACACUCGAUAUUUGUAUUUAGAGGACCAAGAUAUUGUUGAAAUGUUCAAAGAACUGAAUAUCACUGAGAUCGAUGACGGUAAAAUUACUGAGGAGGAGUUCGAAACCCUUAAUACAGAUAGCUUAAACGAGUACCUGAAAAACCUUAGAGAGAACCAUCCACGAUUUCGAGAUAGAUUUAGCGAGCAAACAUGGCUGCAGCAAGGAAGAGUCGCAGAUCCAAUUAUGAGGAAGAUAAAGAGCAGAGUACAACGACUCACCAAACUUUCUAAAAGGAUUAUCGACGGUUCAGAACAACUCCAGGUUGUUCAUUACAACGUCAAUGGGCAUUAUCAUGCACAUUUUGAUGGCCAAUCGAAAAAGCAGUUUGGGCAUUUAGAAUGCUGCCACUUUGUUGCUGAUGGAAAAACAGAAUGCAGACUUUGCAGGUACAUAACAAUUUUGUAUUACCUUAAUGAUGUCGAAGAAGGUGGAGAGACUGCAUUUCCCGUCGCUGAUUCGGAAAACUACACCCAUUCGGAUUUUCAAAUGAGAAAAGACGGUGACUUUUUCAAUCUGAGCAAAUUUUGCCACAAUGCUACCUCAUUGGUUGCGCCUAAACGAGGCAAGGCUGUCAUGUGGUACAACCAUCAUGUUGAUGAACAUGGAUGGCUAGGUGAACGGGAUGACCAUUCGCUGCAUGGAGGCUGUGACAUAAUCAAAGGUGAAAAAUGGGUCGCAAAUAAUUGGAUCACGGCACCAGAAGUCGACUCGUACCACAGAACAAGCUUGUAUGCACUAGCAGACCAUAUCCUUGCUGGAUUAGAGGUUUGAAACGAGCUGUAUCAAGUCGAAGGUAAACAUACUUGUCGCGAGAACGUUUGGGUUUAGACUUUCGAAAACUAAAGAUAAAACAGAAUUUUAAAAUAAAACGUUUAAAAGCUGCUUAAAAGUAAAUCAUUUACAAUAAAAGAGGAAAUAGAAGCAAAAUGUUGGUUUAAAUUUAAUCACAACCCAAAUUCUUAAUAAAGCUAAAAAUAUUUCUA